AAAAUGAAUCAGAAACAGAAGGUCAAUGCUUGUGCCUUAAAAAUUCAUAUAGCAUAUUACACAGAAUCUGCGCAUGUCUGCUUAUAUUUUAUAAAGUGCUCAGUAUUUUAGGGGAUGACUAAAACAUCGCCAAGUUCAUUGUGGAUAAUCUCGAAGCUGUUACAUGGGAGUAGGACCCUUUCAUAGCUUCAAAAGGAGUACAAGAGUUGUCAUGCUGAAAAAAGAAAGAAAAGGGGAAAAAGAAACCACCACAUGUGAAUAUAAAAAAGAAGAGAACCCUAGCCAGUUGCACCACGACCGGAUGGAAGCGCCCAGCUGACACAGCCAGUCUAGGGAAGCUUGGGGUUCACUCCUUUGACUUCAGGAAAGCACUAACUCAGCAAGUGCAACAUGUGAAAAGCUUCCGUCAUUACUAUCAAGUCCACUAUCAAAUAGGGAAAAUCUGAAGGCAUAAGAAGUACACACCAAGAACAUGCCAUUUAUCAUUCGAUUUUGAUCCCCACAGAAGACGUUGUGAAGUGACACGGUAACAAUGACAACCACUUCAGCUGGCAGCUGGCCUUGCUCCUCCCAUGGACUGUACUUUAUAAGUAAUCACAGUGACCAAGCCUCACAGAACUUCUCAGGAGUGUCCAAUAUCACCACCUGUCCAAUGGAUGAAAAACUACUAUCUACUGUGUUAGCAACCUUCUACUCUGUUAUUUUUGUCGUGGGACUGAUUGGGAACAUCAUUGCCCUCUAUGUAUUUCUGGGUAUCCACCACAAAAGGAAUUCCAUUCAAAUUUACUUACUUAACGUGGCCAUUGCAGACCUUCUACUCAUCUUCUGCCUCCCUUUUCGCAUCAUGUAUCACAUCAACCAAAACAAGUGGACACUGGGUGUGAUUCUUUGCAAGGUUGUUGGGACACUGUUUUAUAUGAACAUGUACAUUAGCAUUAUUUUGCUUGGAUUCAUCAGUUUGGAUCGCUAUGUAAAAAUUAAUCGGUCUAUACAACAACGAAGGGCGAUAACCACCAAACAAAGUAUUUAUGUUUGCUGUAUAGUAUGGACAGUUGCUCUUGCUGGAUUUUUAACUAUGAUUAUUUUAACCCUUAGGAAAGGAGGGCACAAUUCCACAAUGUGUUUCCAUUACAGAGAUAAGCAUAAUGCAAAGGGAGAAGCAAUCUUUAACUUCGUUCUUGUGGUAAUGUUCUGGCUUAUUUUCCUAUUAAUAAUUCUCUCAUAUAUUAAGAUUGGCAAAAAUCUACUGAGGAUUUCUAAAAGGAGGUCAAAAUUUCCCAAUUCUGGUAAAUAUGCUACUACAGCCCGGAACUCCUUUAUUGUACUGAUCAUUUUUGCUAUAUGUUUUGUGCCCUAUCAUGCCUUUCGAUUCAUCUACAUUUCUUCGCAGCUCAAUGCAUCAUCCUGCUACUGGAAGGAAAUUGUUCACACAACCAAUGAGAUCAUGUUGGUUCUCUCAUCUUUCAAUAGCUGCUUAGAUCCAGUCAUGUAUUUCUUGAUGUCUAGUAAUAUUCGCAAAAUCAUGUGUCAACUUCUUUUUAGACGAUUUCAAGGUGAAGCAAGCAGAAGUGAAAGCACUUCAGAAUUUAAACCAGGAUAUUCCCUGCAUGAUACAUCUAUGGCAGUCAAAAUUCAGUACAGCUCAAAAGGCAAUUGAGGCACACAUGGUAAAAAGAGUAAUACAAGCCAGCCUCUUCAUUCCUUGAAGAUCUGUAAAAUUAGGAAACAAAGCCACAGAAUGUACAGAACUUAGAUCUUCAUUAGUGCUAGUUCACUGGCUAAACUGUAAAGUAUUUCAAGGCCAAGAACUCAUACCCACCCUUGGAUUUUCAACCUGCAUGUAAAAUCUUCUCAGAAUAUAUUGUUAAGCUAACAUUCUUAACAUGGAUUACAAAGUUAAGUGAAGAAUUUAACAACAAAAUAAUUCAAUGAAGUGUUAUCAUUUUACAAGUCACUAAAGGGUUACUAAAAUUAGGCACUUGAUACUAAUUUUAAACAUGCUUUAAAAUACAGUAAUUUGGGGACUGAUUUAAAAUGUCAAAAAAUGUUGUUACUUUAAAAGCUUGUAUAAUAUGCUGUUGUUUUCAUUUAUGUCUAAAUCUCUGCUAACAGAUGAAAUAACAUAAUUUUAAUAAAAGUGAGAUCAUCCACUAUUAGUGCUUACAUAAAAAUGGGAAGAAUCUAAACACGGUUC